AGACCCCGCGCCGCGGCUGCGCAGUAGAGGGGAGGCUUUUAAUUCCAUUGUGGAGAGGACGGCGUUAUUUUUAUUAACUGGAGGCGACGGCGGCUGCGGCGGCGGCGAGACCCCCAGGCCUCCUCCGGGGUAUGAAAAUCGGCAGUGGGUUCCUGAGUGGCGGCGGUGGUACCGGCAGUAGCGGUGGUAGCGGCUCAGGAGGCUGUGCUAGUGGCGGCGGCGGCAGCAGCGGCAGCAGCGGCGGCGGCGGCGGCGGCAGGAGGGCAGAGAUGGAACCCACCUUUCCCCAGGGUAUGGUUAUGUUCAACCACCGGCUUCCGCCGGUCACCAGCUUCACCCGGCCGGCUGCCCCUCCCCCGCAGUGCGUGUUACCCUCCUCUACCUCCGCAGCCCCGGCCGCUGAGCCCCCCCCACCAGCCCCGGACAUGACUUUCAAGAAGGAGCCUGCGGCGUCAGCCGCGGCCUUCCCCUCGCAGAGGACCUCCUGGGGAUUCAUGCAGCCUUUGGCUAGCAUCAAACAGGAGAAACCCACUGAUCUUGAGGAGCAGCAGUCCCACCAUCAUCACCACCACCACUUUGGGGGUCUGUUCGCUGGGGCUGAAGAGAGAUCUCCAGGCCUAGGAGGCGGGGAAGGGGGGAGCCACAGCGUCAUCCAGGACCUCAGUAUUCUCCACCAGCAUGUCCAGCAGCAACCAGCCCAGCACCACCGUGACAUAUUACUCAGCAGCAGUAGCAGGACUGAUGACCACCAUGGCAACGAGGAGCCAAAGCAGGACACUAUUGUCAAGAAGGCAAAGAGGCCAAAGCCAGAAUCUCAGGGAAUCAAAGCCAAGAGGAAGCCAAGUGCAUCUUCCAAACCUUCUUUGGUUGGAGAUGGAGAAGGUGCCAUCCUCUCCCCAAGUCAGAAACCUCAUAUCUGUGAUCACUGUAGUGCUGCUUUCAGAAGCUCCUAUCACCUGCGGAGACAUGUCCUCAUUCAUACAGGAGAAAGACCUUUCCAGUGCAGCCAGUGUAGUAUGGGUUUCAUUCAGAAAUACCUAUUGCAGAGACAUGAGAAAAUUCAUAGUAGAGAGAAGCCAUUUGGUUGUGAUCAGUGCAGCAUGAAGUUUAUUCAGAAGUACCAUAUGGAGAGACACAAGAGGACACAUAGUGGAGAAAAGCCAUAUAAGUGUGACACUUGCCAACAGUAUUUUUCAAGGACUGAUAGAUUGUUGAAGCACAGGCGCACAUGUGGUGAAGUCAUAGUUAAAGGAGCCGCUAGUGCGGAACCUGGGUCAUCAAACCAUAACAAUAUGGGUAAUUUGGCUGUGUUGUCUCAGGGAAAUUCAAGUUCUUCAAGGAGAAAAACGAAGUCAAAAAGCAUAGCUAUGGAAAACAAGGAACAUAAGACUGGUAAAACAAAUGAAUCACAAAUUUCAAAUAGUAUAAACAUGCAGAGUUACUCAGUAGAAAUGCCUACUGUGUCCUCCAGUGGAGGCAUAAUUGGCGCUGGAAUAGAUGAACUACAGAAAAGGGUGCCAAAAUUGAUCUUUAAGAAAGGAAGCAGAAAGAACACAGAUAAAAACUACCUUAAUUUUGUGUCACCAUUGCCAGACAUAGUUGGGCAGAAAUCCUUGUCUGGGAAACCAAGUGGUUCACUUGGAAUUGUAUCAAAUAAUAGUGUGGAGACCAUUAGUCUUCUCCAAAAUACAAGUGGCAAACAAGGUCAAAUAAGUAGUAAUUAUGAUGAUGCCAUGCAGUUUUCAAAGAAAAGAAGAUAUUUACCAACUGCCAGCAGCAACAGUGCCUUUUCUAUAAAUGUGGGACACAUGGUCUCCCAACAAUCCGUCAUUCAGUCUGCAGGUGUCAGUGUUUUGGACAGUGAAGCGCCAUUGUCACUUAUUGACUCUUCAGCUCUAAAUGCUGAAAUUAAGUCUUGUCAUGACAAGUCUGGAAUUCCUGAUGAAGUUUUACAAAGUAUUUUAGAUCAAUAUUCCAACAAGUCAGAAAGCCAGAAAGAGGAUCCUUUCAAUAUAACAGAACCACGUGUGGAUUUACACACCUCAGGAGAACACUCAGAAUUGGUUCAAGAAGAAAAUUUGAGCCCAGGCACCCAAACACCUUCACAUGAUAAAGCAAAUAUGUUGCAUGAAUACUCCAAAUACCUCCAACAUGCUAUUGAAAAAUCCACUAAUGCAAGUUUUGCUCUUGGACAUAGUUUCCAAUUUGUCAGUUUGUCUUCACCUCUCCACAACCACGCUUUAUUUCCAGAAAAACAAAUAUACACUACAUCUCCUUUGGAGUGUGGUUUCGGCCAAUCUGUUACCUCAGUGUUGCCAUCUUCAUUGCCAAAGCCUCCUUUUGGGAUGUUGUUUGGAUCUCAGCCAGGUCUUUAUUUGUCUGCUUUGGAUGCUACACAUCAGCAGUUGACACCUUCCCAGGAGCUGGAUGAUCUGAUAGAUUCUCAGAAGAACUUAGAGACUUCAUCAGCCUUCCAGUCCUCAUCUCAGAAAUUGACUAGCCAGAAGGAACAACAGAAAAAUUUAGAGACCUCUACAAGCUUUCAGAUUCCAUCUCAGGAGUUAGCUAGCCAGAUAGAUCCUCAGAAAGACAUAGAGCCUAGAACAACAUACCAGAUUGAGAACUUUGCACAAGCGUUUGGUUCUCAGUUUAAGUCGGGCAGCAGGGUGCCAAUGACCUUUAUCACUAACUCUAAUGGAGAAGUGGACCAUAGAGUAAGGACUUCAGUGUCAGAUUUCUCAGGGUAUACAAACAUGAUGUCUGAUGUAAGUGAGCCAUGUAGUACAAGAGUAAAGACACCCACCAGCCAGAGUUACAGGUAAGGUCCCAGAAGUGACCAGGCUGGGGGUCUUCUAAUGUAAUUUUGUUUUAUUUUGAGAACACUGCCAUUGGAAUGUUUCUACACGAUCCUAUUAAGAAUAAUGUAAUGCCCUUUCAAUGCAACUUUUCAUAUUUAGUUUAUUUUGUUAGUGUGAUUUUAGCUCUGUUUGUAUUAUGAUUUUUAAUCAAAAUCAAUAGAUUAAAAAUAAAAAUAGUUUGACAUUCAAAGUGACAAUGUUUAGCAAUCAAAUUUACCUGUAUAGAUUGUCAGGGAAUAGCCCAAAUGUUUUAAAUGCAAAAAAAAAAAAAAAAAAAACCUUACAAAAAAACAAAACAAACAAAAAAAAAACAAAAAAACUUUGUUGCUAGGAUUAAGGUUAUUCUAAUUGCUUUACUCUCAGGAAAGUGUAAUAACGCAUGGGAAUUCUGUACGUUAUCACUGUAAUGGAAUAUCCAAUUUACAGAUAGUAUGAUAUACAUUUCAUUAUUUAAGUAAGGGAUCGAAAACAUUUCAAAUUGCUGUAUCUGGGCUGAUAGGAUACAUUUUUGUCAUUUAAGUAAGGGAUCGAAAACAUUUCAGAUUGCUAUCUCCAUCUGGGCUGAUCCAAAAUUCUGAGAUUGUUGGCUACCUAUAUUUUGUUGCAGCUUUUAAAUGUACUCUGAACUUCCAAACCACAUUCAUUCCAGCCUGGUAGAACAAAUAUUCUUGGAUCUUUGAUCAAAGCCUGGAAUGAUAGCUUUAAUAAAAGAAAAAAAAAAGCACCCUUUAUCCCAACUGUAACGAGGCUGUAAUUCCAUUAAGCAAUUCUACUGACAUCUAGUAUAGUGUUGAAGCCCAAGUGGUUGGCUGGUGCCAGUAUUAGAACUCAAGUUGGACUUAUAUUACUGAAAUUUGGGAUACACAUUAUUUAUUAUACAUGACUUAAAAAUGUUCUCUUGUCUGUGCUAUUACAUAUUACCUAAACUUCUGUUUUUUCUUGUUCUUAACCUAUUCUCUUUCUUAGAGUUUUGGCCCUUCCUUAUUUUUUCUCUUGAUCUUGAUAGUUUCAAUUUUAGAAUCAUUUACAUUCCAAUAGGUAAUGCAUUAUGCUUUUUAUAUGCCUUCUGGCAUUCAAAUACAAAACAACAGGCUAAACUUCCCCAACUCCCACCUUUUUUAAAAACACCCUACAGAUUUCUAUGUAUAAUAAAACCCCGUAUACUUAGAGUUACAGAUGUUAAUAAGGAUGUAAUUCCAACUGGUGACAUAGCUUCUGUGAGGGAUAAGAAUGUGUCUGUGUAUAGUAAUGACAUCAGAACCUCUUUGUGAAAUUGCAGCCUUUAAUGUACAUUUUAAAAGGGUGCAUGAGUCAGUAUUGUACAGGGGUCUUGUAAAGUCAUCAAAACUUGCUAUGAAUGCUAAUUGCCAUUUGAAGCUACUGAUAGGCAGUGGCUCUGCUCUAAACCGCUUUUUAGCAAUUGUAUUUUUUUCUUGAUUAUAUUUUUUAAUGUACUUUGAUGUUUAUGCUGAUGAGUUUUUUAUGUACUUUUGGUGAUGUUUCAGUCUUAUGUACUCUUCUGACGUCAGAAAAGUACCACUGGUUGUUUGCAGUCUUAUUGUGUAAUCGGCCUACCACAGGCUUCCAUGUAUAAUAAAGUAAUUAAUAUUGUGCAAGUGUAAAACACUUCUGUUAUAAAAGCAGUGUUUGGAAAAUAAGAAAUUAUUAAAAAUGGUUACAAAAUACUAGUUAAUUUCCUUUUCCCACUUUCCUCCCUUUAGCUUUAGUAGCUAAAGGGUCACCUAAUUGUCAUUGCAAGAUUCAUAGAAAAUGUAUUUAAAUCCUCUUAAAUACUCCUAAUACUAAAAAAAUGUAUUUCUUAUUUCAGUAAGUGCGGUAAGUUCUGUUGGGUACAGAGUACAAGCUGUAAUCAAAGGAUGGAGAGGACCUUUACCACUGUAUCUCUUAAGCUGUAUGAUUUUUCUCCAGUUUUUGUUUUAUACAGGUUUUGAAUUUCUUUAACUUUUAUUGUGUGUACUGAAUACUGCAUAUGUAUUAUUCUGAUUGUUUGCUCUAGUUUACUACCAAUAAAAGUCCUGUUAAUCACAA